AUGAAAGGAAAACAGAUCUGUCGGGAUCCAGAGCUGGCGAAGCAACAAGUUGGCGUAGCUCUGGCGCCAAUGUAUCAUGUUGUCGAGGGCCCUCAACUUGGUCCGUAUCGGUACGCUGACAUCUCUUCUCGGCCAGCUAUGUACCGCUCCGGUAUGCUUUCUUCUAACCCCCUACCACUUGCCCAAAAUGGCAGACGGGAAAAGUCGGAGGACACAACACGAAGCGAAGCAAAAUGCACGGAAGUUGGUGGCUUUCGGUGCGACUAUACAAUUUGCUACUGUGCUUCGGCCAUCAGGCCAUCGGAUCGGUAUCACGAGAUGAGAUCGCCUGCGCACACCAACUGUUCAUGA